AUGGUUCCUGCCACCCGGCAAAUGACAAGUGUAGCCGUCUAUGCCCAUUUUCUGGACAAUGUACUCCUUCUUCCCCAAGGACAUCCUAUUCGUCUUGCCUUUGAUCAACAAGGAUAUGAAUCGGCUGACAAUCUCUUGUGCAUCUUUGAGAACGAACUCGACUCUCUUGAGUACACUCCUCCUGCCAUUCCUGACGGUCCCGAAAAUCCGUCACGCAUCCCUCUAAUCAUGGCACAUCGACAGAUCAUACGUCACUUCCUACGUUGGCAAGCAUCCUUAAAAGACCAAAAGGGGGCUCCUUUGAAGAACUCCGAGCUCGUUGCACUCAACAACGAGGACUUUGUCCUGUACCGUCGGUCAGCACUUGGCCAGGUUUCGACGGCCACUGCACCUGCCACUGUUCCCCCGACUGUUCAGAGUCCCACAGGAAAGACACGUUCGGCUGUCGAGGAUUUCAAGCGUGGGAUAAAACGUGAUAAAACUCACUAUCCUGUGCUCAAAGAUGACCGAUACUGGGACAACUUCUAUCGUUCGUUUGUUGUUACUGCCGUAACACAUAACGUUGACAAGGUUCUAGACCCAAACUACAUUCCUACCGAUCCUUUGGAAAAGUCCCUCUUUGAAGAACAGAACAAGUUUGUAUAUUCUGCUCUAGAGCAUACUCUUCAGACGGACAUGGGAAAGAACAUUGUCCGUGAGCACAGUUUUGAUUUCAAUGCCCAAGAAGUUUUCCGUAAAAUCGUGAAACAUUAUACGGAGUCAGCCAGCGCAAAGAUCAGUUCGUCUACUACUCUGGGGUAUCUCACAACUGCAAAAUACGGAUCGUCAUGGACAGGUACAGCAGAAGGAUUUAUUCUCCACUGGAAGAAUCACUUGCGUAUUUACAAUGACACUGUACCUACUGGUGAGCAACUUCCUCAGCAAUUGUGCCUUAGUCUUUUGGAGAAUGCUGUUCAUGAUGUACCUGAACUCCGACAGGUUAAAAUCACAGCAACACUCGACUUAGCCAAAGGUGGUAGUCCCAUUAGCUACGAUAGUUACCUCAGUCUCCUCCUUGCAUCGGCAUCGCUCUACGACAACGGUAAUAAUCUAUCUAAUUCUCGCAGUGGCAAGAACAAGCGCAAUAUCUAUACUACUGAACUAGCCUAUCAUCCGACGGAUUUUGAAAGCGAACCAGAUGUAGACUAUGAUAUAGAUGUGUCACCGACUGCCAUAUACGAAGCCAAUGCCCACGUCCGUAACAACAGUACCCGUAACCGUCCCCUGGCAACUAAUCGCGAACGACCUUACAUUCCUCGUGAAAUGUGGAAUUUGCUCUCUGAUGAUUCCAAGGCCAUCCUCCAAGGUUUGGCUGCACCCGGCAAGCAGGCACCAUUAAAUGGUAGCCCGCCUCAUCAAACGCUGCAGGCCAAUACACACGAGACCAUUGGCACGGAACAUACCGCAACGGACACCUUCCAUGAUUGCGCACCUGAAACUGAAUUACUCGCACAUCUUACUGAGCGUGUCAGUCGCAUGAGCAGCGGUGAUAUUCGUAAGGUACUCGCCGCAUCACGUGACGUAUCAGAAAAGCCCAAAUCACUGCAAUCUAACGUACUGCAAUACCAAGUCUCUCGUCAUACUACCAACGAGACUUCUGCAUCCCUUGUUGACCGUGGCGCUAACGGAGGGCUUGCGGGUGGUGAUGUCAUUGUCCUGCUCAAAACAGGACGUUCGGCAAACAUCACAGGUAUCAACGAUCAUACCUUGCCAAACUUGGACAUCGUCACUGCCGCUGGAUGUGUUGAAUCCCAAAAUGGGCCCAUCAUUCUCAUUAUGAACCAGUAUGCUCAUCUGGGGAAGGGUAAAACCAUUCAUUCAAGUGCGCAGUUGGAACACUAUCGUAAUCAUGUCGAAGACCGUUCACGCACGGUAGGGGGUAAUCAGCGCAUUGUCACUUUAGAUGACUAUAUCAUUCCCCUCCAUAUUCGACAGGGACUUCCAUACAUGGACAUGCGACGCCCCACUGAUGCUGAACUAGCGUCCCUCCCGCAUGUUGUCCUAACCUCAGACGUCGAUUGGGACCCCUCUGUACUCGACAAUGAAAUUGACCUUGCGACUUCAUGGUACGAUGGCAUCCAUGACUUGCCCCAGCCCCCAUACGUUGAACCACGUUUUGAUCAUACAGGCCAAUACCUUCACCGUCACAUUUCUCUAUGCGACUACCGUGAUGACGCCAUUGCACGUAUCAUGCAGUGCCAACAGCAUCACGUCACACGUAAUGUGCACGAUUAUGAAGCCCUUCGUCCUUGCUUUGGCUGGGUCUCUGCCGACACCGUUCGGAAAACCAUCAUGGCCACCACGCAGCAUGCCCGUGAAGUCUAUCACGCACCGUUACGUAAACAUUUUAAGUCUCGUUUCCCAGCCUUAAAUGUACACCGUCAUAACGAACCGGUCGCUACUGAUACCAUAUGGUCCGACACUCCCGCCGUAGACAAUGGUGCAAAAUUUGCACAACUCUUCGUUGGCAGACGGUCUCUUGUCACUGAUGCCUACCCCAUGAAAACUGAUAAAGAGUUUGUCAACACCCUUGAAGAUCACAUCCGUUUCCGUGGUGCAAUGGACAAACUAAUCAGUGAUCGCGCUCAAGUUGAGAUCAGUAAAAAGGUCACUGAUAUUACACGCGCAUAUAAUAUCGAUCAGUGGCAGAGUGAGCCUAACCAUCAGCACCAAAACUUCGCCGAACGUCGUAUCGCCACCAUCGAAGCCAAUACGAACAACAUUCUCAAUCUUACUGGUGCUCCUGAUAACACCUGGCUUCUUUGCGUGACAUAUGUUUGCUAUGUCUUCAACCAUUUGGCGCAUGAAUCUCUCGAUCAUCGCACCCCCCUCGAAGUGCUUACUGGUUCUACACCUGAUAUCAGUGUUCUCCUUCAGUUUCAUUUUUGGGAACCGGUCUAUUAUAGAAUUGAAGAUGCGACAUUCCCCUCUGGUGGUACCGAGCAACAAGGACAUUUUGUCGGCAUCGCAGACUCCGUCGGUGACGCUCUCACUUAUAAGAUCCUCAACGACCGCACCAACCGCAUUCUAUAUCGAUCUAGUGUUCGUUCUGCGGCCAUUUCCGGGCAAACCAACCUACGCCUUGCGUCACAGGAUGGGGAGAAUGGUCCUAAGCCCAUCAACUUUAUCAAGUCGCGUAGAACCGAAAACCAAAAUUCCUAUGCCAUUAAGGAGUUGCCUGGUUUUACACCUGAUGAUCUUAUCGGUCGCACAGCGUUUUCGGGCACGAAUCACCCGUAA